CAUCCCGACCAUUAUGCUGUCCUGGGGCUGCAGCGCAACGCAUCCGAGAACGACAUCAAAAAAGCCUACCGGCGGUGCGCCCGGCAGCACCAUCCAGAUAAGAACCCGGGCCCACAGCAGGCGGAGGCGGCGGAGCGAUUUAAGAAGGUGACGGAGGCCUUCGAUGUGCUGAGCGACCCGCACAAACGAGCUGCGUACGACAGCGAUGUACGACUGCGUGAAGCUGCCGCGGCACGCACCUACUCCACAACCUACGACGACUUCGACAUUGGCAGCGGUGGCUUCGGUGGUGGCGGUGGUGCAGGGCUGGGAGGCUUCGGCCGGGGCAACUUUACCGGCGGCGGCUUCUUCAACGGCGGCGGAGGCGGCGGCGGAGGCUUGUUCAGCGGCUCCACGGGUAUUCCUCUGGCGGACCGCCUGUUCCAGCAGGUAUUCGGUGGCAUGGGCCCUAUGGGUAUGGGCGGACUGGCCGCGGGACUGGGUCCCACGGGCCUCUUUAGCGGCCCCGCCGGACGCUACGUGGGCCCUAUGGGGGCUGCCGCCGCCGGACCAGCUGGUGGAGGCGGCAGGGGCGCCGCAGCCAGUGGCUACGGCAGCGGCGGCGGCAUGAACGGUAGCUUCGGUUUUGGCGGCUGCGGUGGUGGUGGUGGUGGUGGUGGUGCCGGACAUAAUGGCGUUGGAGCUGGCGGCGUGAGGUCGCAAGCCCCGCCGCAGCCCCAGCCACAACGACAAGCUCCAACACCACAACGGCCGCAGCCAUCGGCUGCACAGCCGCGCGCCCCGUACCAACAGCCGCAGUCGCAGCAGCACCCGACGGCGGCGGAGGCGGGCUUUGGGCGGCCGCCAGCACAGCAGCCGCAGCCGUCCGCUCCUCCGGGGCCAGCGGCGGGGUUCUCGCCACAACCCCCACCGCAACCACAUCGUGUGCCCCGAACGAUACCCGUGCGCUACGCCAACACAGAUUCGGCAACACCAGAAGAAACCACACCAGCACACGACUCUCAGCCCCGACCAGCAGCCCCAAAGCCAGCCGUCGCACCGGCGAAACCCGCACAAGCAUCACCGAUACGACGAUAUGGCGCGGGGUUGGAGCCGUACGGGCCUCAGGCUUCGUCAGGGGACAUCGAUGGCGGCGCCGCUGCUGCUGCCGCACGGACUUUCGCCAUGGAGAGCCCCUUCGGCGGUCCCGCAGGCCGUGCCGUACCAAGGACCGAUGACGGCGCGCCCGGCGGCGGCGGCGGCGGCGGCGGCGCUACUGGAUACGUUCCCAUGUCCGCUCGCGGAGCUCCCAGCUGGGAGCCCAUGGAUAUCGACUUGUCCGACUCCUCCACGAAUCAGAGCCGCAACGGCAGCAGCCCGAACAGCACUGCCAGCAGGACUGACAGCGACCACAGCGGCAGAAGUAUUACCAACAGCAGUAGCAGCAGCUCAAAGAAGAACGGCGGUGAGGGCGGUGAGGGCGGUGAGGGCGGUGAGGGCGGUGAGGGCGAUGAGGGCGCCGCAGCGCCGGGGCCCGGGCCGGCCAACGGCCCUGCAGCGGCGACGACGGUUCCGGCAGCGGCGACGACGGCGGCGGCUACAGCGGUUCCUCCCACUGAGUUGGAUUUGGAAGUGACCCUGGAGGAGCUGUACUGCGGGGCUACCCGGCAGGUGCAACUGCGUCGGGCCGUGUGGGACGCCCCCAGCGGCCGGUGGCUUCCCAGGGACCACGUGCUGGAUGUGGUGAUACCCCGCGGGGCCAGGGCGGGAACCAAACUGCUGUUCAGGGGAUUGGGAGAUGAGCUGCCGCCAGCCCGAGAGCAAGUAGCUACAGCUGCAGGCGGGGGGCCCCGUGCAACAGCGUAUCCUGGAGCUGGAUGUGGAUCUGGAUUUUCACCGGGCAGCCGGGAUUUGGUGCUGGUGCUGAGGGAGGUGCCCAAUGCGCGGUAUGUGCGGCGAGGCGACGACUUAAUCACCAAGGUCCCCCUGGGGCUGUCCGACAUUAUCACCCCGGACAGUGAGACCAUUCUGAUAGGCGAGGGUAUGCCGAUUCCGGAGCAACCCGAGGAGAGGGGGAACAUGGUGGUGCAGUACAAGCUGGACUUCCCGCGGACCCUAACUCCCGAACAGCGUCAGGCUGUCAAAGCCGCGCUACAGCCGCAACAACAGCAGCAGCAGCAGCCGCAGUCGCUUCGGUAG